UUUGACCCUUUCGUUGUUGUAGUUGUCCGGCCUUUUAACAGUUUGUCACGUCUGUAAGUUACACAACGUCGUUUGAAAACUUUUGUUUCCAGCCAAUGUAACGUUAUGUGUGCAUGUAUUAAAGCGUUUUUCAUUCAAUGUUACAGGAAGCUGUAAGGCGCCUUCACAAUUCGGAAAACAACCCACAUAAAUAUGAUCCACAAACUGGAAUAAGUUUGCCUCGUAACCAAGCAGUCAUGACUUAUCAGCUAGAGGAAUUGAAAACAACUUUUGCAGAUGCAGACCCUGAGUGUAUACAAGCGUGUUGCAAGACAUACUUUGAAACACUUCGGAGAAAGUACAAUUUGUCUCAGCCAGAAAAGUCCCAGCUAAGAGAUGCCAUUAAAACAGGAGCUAAAAACCGACAAAGGAAAAGACGGUUGCUGGAUUCCAGGUCCAAGGUUGUUCAAACGGAUGCAGAGAGAGAGCUUUGGCAGACUGCAACAGUGGAGCUGAUGUCUGACGAGGAGGAUGCCAUUGUUGAUGGAAGGCCAGUGUGGAUUGUGAGGUCUCCAUCUCACAGGAACCCACAAUUGUCAGAACUUUGUGAGGAGCUUCAGCGCAGAUUGGAGGCAGACAUGCGCUACACUAUUUUGCAUCAUCAGCGUGUUAAGGCUGAUGGAAAUGGACAUGAUGGACCUUCCUUUCUUCAACUUUAACUAAACUGCACU